AAGAGGAGGAGGAAGCACAAGAGGUAGAGGAGGUAUAGAGGAGGACGCCGUACGACACGUUUUCCCGGCGGAGAUGGUGGGCGAGGGGCUGGCUGCGGACGGGCGGGCAAGUCGGCUUGAGUCAGUGCAACACUUAGGACCCUCCUGCAGCUCUCGCUCCGCCGGGCCAUUACUCGCACCUCUGUCUACCUGUCAACCAUGCAUCUGUUGAGAUCCCUGCGCCUCGUGGCCGUGGAGGCGCUGCGGGCUGCUACGCGCCGCUGAGAAAACCAAUUGCACCUGUAAUCUGAACCCAGUGAGAGAGAGAUACGAAUAGAGAUCCUCGGAAAAUUAUGAAAGUUGACGUGAGUUUUAGAGGCUGAUGUUGGAAAAAGGAGAAGCGCGUGACCUGUCUGUCUGUGGUGGUUAGGCUGCGGCGCGACCCCCGUGUGUCCCGUGAAGGAAACUACUCAUUACUCAUUGGUUCAGGUUGAUUAGCGACGCUGUGAUUGGCUGCCUAGUGAACUGUGCUGCUCGUGACGUCACAGCUAUAAGAAAACGAACAAGGACCAGGAACAGUAGGAGGAGGGGAAGGAGAGCCGACUGAGUAUACGAGACGCGCCUCACGUAACAAGGGAGAAGAGGAGACGCGGCCAAGACAGAUGUGAGGCGUGAGGGCGGAGGCACGACGAGGCUCAGCGCUCCACUCAGCACCAUCCAAAGCUUGGCUCAGCAGGUCCCGCGCCCCAGAAGACCACUGAUUGUGAGCGGCCACACCAACACGGGGAGGCGGACGCUGCCGGACAGAGGCUGCUGGAUGAUGUGAGCCCGCGCCGCCACCCACCACGCCCGCCACCACACCCACCCUACGCCCGAUGGUCGCCCACACUGCUCGCCUCCCAGCCGUCCUCGCCGCCCCCAGCCAUGAGUGAGCGAUGGCGGUGACUGUGGGGGCGCCUCUGGUUACGGGCGUGGGAACGGGCGAGGGCGUGGGAGUACCAGGAUGAGCAGGGCCGCCCAAUGACGGGAGCGGGCGUCGGGCGCGGCUCCAGGGCGGCGCUGCUGGUGUUGGUGGGCGUGAUUCUGGUGGGCGGGGCGCAGGCGACGUGUCCCAGGGUGUGUGUGUGCAAGUGGAAGGGCGGCAAGCAAACGGUGGAGUGCGUGAACAAGGGACUGCAGACCAUCCCUACUGGCAUCGACCACGGCACUCAGGUUCUCGACAUCACCGGGAACUCCCUCAUCAUCCUGUCCCACGAGAAGUUCAAGGUGAUGGGGCUGACCAACCUGCAGAGGAUCUAUGUGUCGAGGUGCCAACUAAGACAGCUGGACGACGUGGCCUUCAGGGGCCUGACCAACCUGGUGGAGCUAGAUCUGAGCCAUAACGAGCUGACUCUUGUGCCAGCCGCCGCCCUCGAGCAUGUCCCGGGCCUCAUGCGCCUCCAGAUGUCCAACAAUCCGAUCACCAAAAUUAAGAACGGCGCCUUCCGAAGCCUCAAGUACCUCACCACCCUGGAGAUGACCUCGUGCAAGGUCCACACCCUGGAGUCCCGGGCCUUCGAGGGCCUGGACCAGCUGGAAUGGCUCAAGCUAGACGACAACAAACUCAAGUCGGUGCCGCACCAGCUCAUGCUGCCCCAAUCCCUACACGGCAUCGACAUCCACAACAACCCCUGGAAUUGUGACUGCAACCUACAUGGGCUGAGGACGUGGCUCGUCAAGUAUAACGUGCCAUCCUCUAUUGAGCCUCGAUGCUCCCAGCCGCCGCGCCUCAAGGGCGACAUUAUUAAGAAUGUCCAUCCAGAUGACCUCGCCUGCCCCCCUGAGAUUAGACCCACCUCCCUCUAUAUUGACGUCAUGGAGGGCAAGAACGUGUCCUUCGAAUGCCACGUGACGGCGGUGCCCAGCGCUCGCAUACACUGGAAGUUCAAUGAGCAGUCGCUGGACAACAUUUCCUUCGUGUACGAUGAAAGUUCUUCGUUCUACAUCUUCGAGGAGAGCGGGACCAACGACGAGCAAGUGAGUCAUCUCAGGAUCGAGUGGGUGACAGAUGCCCAUGCGGGGGUGUUUCAGUGUCUGGCGGAGAACCAGGCUGGCCUGGUGGUCUCCAACUUUACGUUGCGCAUCAGUCAUCCGCCGGUGGUAGUAGAGGAGGAGGAGUCAGUCAUUAAUCACCUACUGUACAUUGGCAUCGCUCUCGUCACCCUCGUCGUGCUGGUCAUCAUCCUGCUGUGUGUCCUGAUAGUCCGCUGCUGCCGUCGUCGAUCAUCCACCCAAGAGAAGAUCACCGGGUCCCCUGGCGCCUCUGGCAACGGACGUCCCAAGGACACCCCUGUGCCCGCCACUAAUAACAUGCCAAAGUACAUCCAGAUGGGCACGCCGGCACCUAAAGUCAAUGGCAUUUCAAACGACCCUCCGCCCAUCUCAGUGAUCGACACGUCGCCUUUCCGCUCAGAGCCGUCCGGCACUCAACAGACGAACCCUGACCUAAUAUCCGAUGCGGCGGACGACCGAGGGAAGCCUGGCAAGAAGAGAGUGAGCAUUAUGGGGGUGGAGGAGGUGGAUUCCUGCGGCACAAGAACCACCAGGAAGCUGGAUGACAUAAUUGAGGAAUUUGAGGAAGGAUAUGACGCCACUUACGACCACCUCCCGCCUCAGAACGACCAGGAGAAUCAACCAAGUCGAAGCAACCCAUUCUGCACGCUGCCCAGGCGGAGGGAGCCUGAGGUUGCCAAUCCUUACCCCCUGACGGAGAUCCCACCGCCGGAGGAAGUAAAUCAGAACUCCCGCUUCUACGACAGAGAUGGUUUUCCAGUUGACUUCGGUCUUCCUCGCAACGGUACCAGCACCGCCACGUGGAAGGAAGGAGCGGCAGGCAACGGACGCUCUACUAGCUACAGCCCGCUGCCCACAGAAGAGAUUCCGCUCUAUGCCACGGUUAGACGCAACCGGCACAGCAUGGCGGCACGCACGGACCUCAUGCACGACCAGAAAUACCCUGAGGAGUACCACCUUCACGAUCCGCACGAUCCCCAUAUGCACCCACCCGAUGGGCGCUAUCCACAAGCGUACGGCCUCGCCCCUGAAAAGUUCGCGCAGCACACCAGCACUUCAUGCGAGUUCUGUCCGCCUCCUGUCCAUCCAGAGUACCCGAGUGCCGAUCCCGGGGGGCGCAUCGGUGGUGACGGCUGUAGCUUCGACAACCUGCUGUCGUCGUGCAGCGGCGGGAGUCAAUGCUGCUACACGGAGCAGACGGGUCGCAUCUACGACAACUCAUUACCUGAGAACUACCGCCCCCUGGACCCCAAGCCCCCGCCGCCCAAAGGGUGGGGCGAUAAUGACGAGGAAAACAUCAACAUGAGCACGUGGUGCGAGCACCCAGAGUCCCCCGGCACACGGGUCCUCUACUCCCCCGACGAUACCUACAGCGAGCAACAGCAGCAGCAGCAGCAGCAGCAGCAGCAGCUGCCACCGCCGCCGCCUCCUCAGGGGACUCAGGUGUGAGCGCAUCCCGGCACCUAGUCGCCUACUGCGCAGCGGUCUGCAGCGCCUGGCAUCACCACGUGGUUCAUUGUGUGCAGUGAUAACGCCUUUCCUAACCACUGACCUUUCCUAAGUAAAACUCGUUAUAUAUAAUGACAUUUCCUGCCGAAGUGAGCACUGAAAACUAACUUUUCGAGUUCAUAACAAGAUCAAAUGCGUCCUAAGCGUGAACACUGUAAAGCUUCUCCAAGAAAUGAGAAGUUUUCACAUAGGCUUCAGUGAAAAAUGAUGUGCCGUAAAUAAGAGGAAAAAAAAAACUGCUCCCUUCAUCAUACACCUUUGUUUUGUUGUUGUCAUUUACACUCGGGUGUCAAGGGAGGUUCCCACUGCUGUGUUCGAAGCCAUGAUGCACAGGGUUUGUAAUAUUAACUAAAGAUUCACUACAAUACUUUGCAUAGUCAUGACACCAAAGAUGAUCCAACUGUUCCCAAAGCUUAUACGAGUGAUGAGCGACGCGGCACAUGUGCAACUGAACGGAGGGAGCGACGAGGACCGCAAUCAAAAGAACACGAAACAUGCAGGGAUGAAGAGCAAUGUUUAUACACACGAGCAUACACACACACACACACACACACACACACACACACACACACACACACACACACACACACACACCGAAAAAAAAACUUUAAUACAAUGUAAGGUCAUCGGAGAAAACGAAAGGAUAUUGGAACAAUCAUAAAGUGCAUAACCGCUUAUAGAAGAAUUGCAAAAGACCGACGAGAAGGAUGAAGUUUAGUAAAGAGAACAGAAAAGUGAGAAGCUGAAAGGGAUAAGAACAAUAGCACCCUUCCCGUGACACUGAAUGAAAGCAGUACCACUUACAGGCUCAUCGUUUCUAUAUCAUAUAUCAGUGUACAGAAUAAUCUAUUUUGUAUGAAUUUUCCUGUAGGUAAAAGUUUUGUAUAUAACAUAUAUCAAGAGAAAACUAUCUGCUGGAGAAGACGGCGUUCAUCUCCACUCCAAUAUUCCGCCGACGACCAUUCCGCGUCGUGUUUCGUGUGUCACUUCAUUUCUACUUUCCUUUUCCUUUCCUAAUUUUUUGCGUGUGUAAUGACAGUGGCGGGGGUCGCCGUCUCCUUCAAUACACGAUAUAGCUGACCAGCAAGCCGUGGGGGCGAGCGUCUGUCUGUCUGUCUGUCUGUCUGUCAGAGGGCGAGGCAGCUAGCAGUGUUCAGUGUUUAAGUCGCCGCACACGAAUUUGACUUCCACGAGAACAAUGGUGCUCAGUGUAACUUAAAGCAAAACAUUUAAGUCCAAAGAGUAACUGGAGGAUUACCUCGACCACUGCGUGUGUUACCUGAGGCGCUGUCUGUUGGAUACUGAGAAGUGUACUGGUGCAGCGUCGACAGAGACACGUGAAUUUCGUUCAUAUCGCAACACCUGGCCCCUGCUCACCUGCACCGCCACGGACCCCCUGCGUGCGUGGAGUGGAGGCCAGAGUGAGGCGAAAGUAACACCAAACGUCAUACGAAACUGAACACUAUACAGGCUACCGCCCCUCCACUCUCACUCUCACUCACUUAAACACACACACAUACACUCUCUCUCUCUCUCUCUCUCUCUCUCUCUCUCUCUCUCUCUCUCUCUCUCUCUCUCUCUCUCUCUCUGUCU